CGGUGCUGGGUAAGGGCGGUGGAAGGGGCGGUGGCUUAGCCUCCCAUUCCCUGGCACGCCCCGCGCCGCCCCGCCUCCAUGCCCGCUGUCCGUCUCGGCGGCGGAGUGAGGGGCAGAGCGGAGCGGAAUGGCAGAAAAUGAGUUCUUAGAAGAAGAAGCAUUCAGGCAGCAUUGUGCAGAAUUUAUUAAACAUUCAGAGGAAAUAGGUGAUGGAUGGGAGUGGAGAAAUUCAAAGGACUGCUCUGAUGGCUACAUGAGCAAAACACAUUUCAAGAUUAAGAAUGGGACUUCUGUGACUGAACAUGUCUUUCCUCAAGCUGAGGCCGACUUUGAGUUCUACUCCGAUGAUUCUGAAGUGCUCAGGCCCACUGUGGUAUCAGAAGUGAUUCGAUAUGAGUACCAUAUCUUGUACUCCUGCAGCUAUCAAGUGCCUGUACUAUACUUCAGGGCAAGCUUUUUAGAUGGAAGGCCCUUAACACUGGAGGAGAUAUGGGAUGGUGUCCAUCAGUUCUAUAAAGGUCGUCUUCUUCAAGAGCCAUGGAGCACCAUUACACAACAGGAGCACCCAAUACUUGGCCAGCCUUUCUUUGUCCUUCAUCCUUGCAAGACAAGUGAAUUCAUGACUUUUUUGUUAAAAGAUUCUGAAAAAGACUUCAGGAAUAUGAACUACAUUACAUCAUGGCUCAGCAUUGUGGGACCAGUAGUGGGGCUGAACCUACCUUUGAGUUAUGCCAAGGCAAUGUCUCAACAUGAUAUAAAACCAGAUUGAUACAAGGCCUCUCGGUCAAACUCCACAUGCCGAGGAAUCUCAGGACAGAGGAUGGACAAUGCCACCCACUACAGUCUUCACAGGAGCUCUUCCUGUUUCUGUUUUUCCUUGUUUAUGCUACCUACCUCAAAGACUCAGGACACUGGGCCUCACUAAGAGAGAGAAUAACUUGUUGAGCUUCCUGCGUCACUGAAUUCCAUGAAAGAAUCAUUUCCGUAUUCUUUUCCUCUGCUCUAAUCACAUCCUUUCUUCUGGCAGUAGGGCUCAAAAUGGAUGUGAACAUUCCUGGUGAACAUGACUGAAGUUCCCUGGUAUAAGAUUUUUAAAAAAUAUUUAAAAUAGAAAAUUGGUUUUAUGUAGAUAAAGUAAAUUUUCACUUCUUAAGAAGAAUUAUUUCUAAGAAAUAAUAAACUACCACUUGUUCUGGGCACAUGGUUGAUAUUUAAUAAAUACCUUUACAUUGAUUUUUUCUUUUUCAUUUUACAAUAUGUUCCUUCUUUCCAUACAUGUCCCCCUACAUGCUCCUUAUUCCCAGGCAUUGAAUUCUAUUUCCUUCAGAUUCUGUUUCAAUUUAGUCAGAAAUUUUAAAGCAUGUUAUGAGCCAGGCUCCCUGCUAGCUCCUGCAGAUGCAAAAGCAAAAUAAAAUGAAAAUGUACUUUGGGGAGUGCAAGAGGGUGUCAUCACAUUGGCACAGAUAAGGAAACCCAGAAUAUGACCUUGGACACAUCACAUACCUCCCUAGGCCUCAGUUUUCUCAUCUGUACCCUGAACAGAUUAAACCAGAUGGCCUCUGAUGUUCCUUUUAGCCCUAAACUUAUCCUCUGGUCAUGUGAUCCUCUGACUAGGAAGCCUGUGACAUAUCUGUUUCUAUGACGAUAAUGACAGUGAUGAUAUCUAGCAUUUAUAGAGCACCUACAAUGUGUCAGGCACUGUGCUGAGUGUCCUAGGUCUCCCCCAUUCCAUGGCAGGGACUGGUUUUUACCUCUUCUUGCAUCCCAAAUGGGAUCACGAAGCAUUGGACACAGCUCAACCACUACAAGAACUAUGAGAUAACUCCUUGUUCCAGAAGCUCUGUCAUUUAUUUACCUGUGGUAACAUAGGUAUGGUUUGUGUUUUUUUUUUAACCUUUGGGCAUUUUAGUCUCCUUAAUAAAAAGUAGAGCUUGGGUUGGGUGAUUUCUCUUCUCCGUCCCAGCACUAAUACUCAGUUAAGUCUGAAUUUGUGACUGACAUAGAGAUGCUUGUUGGUAAUGUUAGUUAAGGUUGACAUCUUAAAGAGCAAAAGGAAGCUCUUAGGACUAGGUAUUGAGAGACCCGGAUACUACUCAGGGCUUUGUAACCCUAUGUGACUCUUGGAGAAACCAUUUAGAUAGAACAUUUGUUAUCUAGCAAUUACUAUGUGCUGGUCACUGUGCCCCAUGCUGGGAAUACAAAUACAAGUUCCCCCUGCCCUCAAGCCAGUCCUCCCUCCGCCCCAAGGAAUUUCAUUCUAAUGGGGAGGCUAUCCCAUCAAAGGGAGCUGGAAAGAGGGGGUGUAGGCAGGUGGUGGGCAUACCCAGCAAGGGCAACAUGGACAAGUCUGGAGAGUCAGGAGUAGAGAAUGAACAUGGAUGGGCUGGGAAUUUCCUGAAAUAGUCACCAAUCAGAAUGGGACAGAGGCAUCUCUAGGAUGUGUAGGCUUUUGACUCUGAGGUGGAAAAAGUCAGUCAGGAGCAGAACCUCUCUGGGUAUCACAAUGAGAAAGUUUGACUACAAGAUGCCCUAUAAUGUCCCUUUUAACUAGAACAUUACUUCAGUGACUAUGCAAGAAUAUGGAAGCUUUGGGGUUUAUAGGAUCCUGUUACCUAUGUGCUCUGUCUUAAACUGCUCAUCAAUUGCAUCUAUGUUUAUAUAACAGACAACAAGUCUGAUUCCUUUUUGUUGUUGUUGUUUUUUUUUUAGUGAGGCAAUUGGGGUUAAGUGAUUUGCCCAGGGUCACACAGCUAGUAAGUGUUAUGUGUCUGAGGUCGGAUUUGAACUCAGGUACUCCUGACUCCAGAGCCAGUGCUCCAUCCACUGCGCCACCUAGCUGCCCCCUGAUUCCUUUUUAAUGAAAAGAUUUUUUUCCAGUUUGCCUUCAUCUGAAAAUUUUGCUCUGUGUUUGAAGACAAUCCCAGCAAACAUCAAAAUAGUACAAUAAAAAUCAUGUUCUAAGGGAGUUAAUGAACUUCCAUGAAAGAAAUUAAAGUCUUCAUUAGUAGAUUAAAUGACUUAAUGAUGACAGAACACCUUUGACUUUUCCUUAAUCUAAAGUUUUGGGUUUUGUUUUUUUUUUUACUGUUUUCUCUCACAACUAGCUAAU